AUCUCUUUUCAUACACCAAAAACCCAAAAAAAAAAAAAAAAAUCAUGGAAGAGAAAAACAAAAAGUUAGUGUAUGACAUAAAAUUAUCAUCAGUAGCUCCUGGUAAAAUAACAGGAGAAAACAAGUUAUAUAAUUUAAAAGGCAUAGAUUUAGCCAUGAAAUUACAUUAUAUUAAGGCCCUUUAUUUCUUCACUAAUCCUAAUUACAACAACAUUAUUAAUGGUUCUAAUAGUUUUAUAAGUAUUCUUGAGUUGAAGAAGCCUAUGUUUGAUUGGCUUAUAGCUUAUUUCAUGGUUUGUGGGAGGGUACGUUCGUCAUUUACUGAAGAUAGGCCAACAAUCAAGCUUAAUGAUGCUGGUAUAAGAAUUGUUGAAGCAAAGUCAGAUAAGACAGUUGAAGAGUGGUUGGCUAUGGAGGGGUAUAUCUGUAAUUUUCAAGAUCAACUUGUUUGUGAGGAUGAUAAUGGUGGUCUUGGUCCUGAUUUGCCCUUCUCCCCUCUUGUUUGGUUGCAGGUGACAUGGUUCAAGUGUGGAGGUAUUUCAGUGGGCCUAAGUUGGGCCCACAUACUUGGUGAUGCAUUCUCAGCUUCAGAAUUUAUGAAUAUGUUGGGCCAAUAUAUGCAAGGUAGUCCGGGUCAAUCUCUAACAAGCCACCACCAACAACCAAAAAUUAUUUGUCUUCAAGAUCCUCCACAACCCGAAUACCCGCCACCGAAUACCACCCGAGAACCCGUUUCGGUGAAACGGGUAAACCCGGUGGGUAGCCAUUGGGUCAUUCCUAGUACUAAUUGUAAAAUUGGUACAUUCACUUUUAAUCUUAGUCCAAAACAAGUUGAUCAAUUGCAUUCAAGGGUACAUGGUUCCAAAAUGAAUGACAAUAAUAGCACAAGCCCAUGUUUUGAGGUGAUUACAACAAUUAUGUGGAAGUCCAUAGCAAAAAUUAGGAAAGAUUUGGACACAAAUGUUGUGACUAUAUGUAGACCAAGAACAACUAAAAGACACAAAAUAGUACCAUAUAACGGGCAAGUAAUAGGCACAGUCGAGGUUACUUUUUCAGUAUCAAGUGCUGAUCCAAUGGAAUUGAUACAGUUGGUUGUGGAAAACGUAGUUGACGAGAGUGACAUGGUUGAAGAAUUGGUGAACAAAGAGAUGGGAAAACAUGAUUUUGUUGUUUAUGGAGCGAAUCUUACAUUUGUUGACAUGGAAGAAGCGAAUGUUUAUGGUUUCGAAAUAAAAGGGAGACGUCCAAGGUUUGCUAGCUACACUAUUGGCGGGAUAGGGGAUAAAGGAGUUAUUGUUUUACUUCCAGGCCCAAAAAACGGGAUUGAUGGUGGUAAUGGUAAUAAACUUAUUAUGACAUUCUUGCCAGAAGAUGAAAUUGAGCUCUUGAAAAGCGAGUUGAAGGAAGAAUGGUGCAUUGGAUAAGUUGUCUUAAGAAAAAUGGCUUAUGUACUUGUACUUUUUUCUUUAGCUUAACUAUUGUAUUUGGAACUACUUUCAUUGUGUGUUAACCUAUUCACUCUUCUCUCUUUUCUUUCCCCGUA